CAGGUCAAUAUUCUUCCCGUGAAAUUUCAUUUGGUUUCUUUGAUUACUUCUCUAGGAAAUUUAGGUUUAUAAUGGUUUGAAAUGCAUCGGAAGGGCGCUUCCCUUUUGCCAGGUCGUCUGUAAAGUAAGGAUGUUUUUAUUUCGAUCAUCUUUGCAUAGAACAGGAAGCUCAUUACAGAAUUUGUCUGCGGAAAAACAAAAGUGGACUCCCAUGCUAAGUUACUCGUGUUUAGUCACUUUCGAUCAUAUAUGAACGUGGAUAAUUUAGAACCCAAUCUCGAAGGUUUGUUAUGGAAAUUUAGUUUAUGCCCCGGUUAUUUCUGCUGAUUCACAUUAUCUCAUGUAAUCAGUCUAUGCAGUGUGACCAAACAUCUAACCCGCAUGAUGACCGCCCUGUUCUAAUGGAGAAUUGGCCAAGAUUCGAACUCCAGACGUUUACUCCCCCUGUGGAAAAGAAAGGGAUGGGGGAGAAUGAGUCCAACGGCUCACUGGUCGCCCCCGAGAAACCUAUGCCGCCUCCCGGUGUCAAAUGUUAUAGCGAAGAUGAAGAGCCGAGGUUUGAAAAGGUUAAGCAGGAUACUGCAGCCGAAAGCAUGAAAACAGAAUGCAUAUCUUUGGAUGAAACCGCAGCCAGGGCAAAGUAUGGCCAAUCAUAUACAGUGGAGAAUCUCCGAACACCAACAAUUGAAUCCCUCCCUCGUGGUUUUCGUUUUGAGGAAACGGAAGGAGCCUUACAGAGUGAAUUCGAGAGCUUGCAUGUUUCCUCUGCCGAACCUUUGGAGCUUUCGAAUGACCCCGAGACUCAAAGAAUUCAUAGUGAUGAAGAGCAGACAUUCGAAAAGGUUAAGAAGCAGGAAUGUCCAUUGGGAAAUGUUAAACCAGAAUGGGUAUCCUGGGAUGAAUCUGCAGCAACAGCAAAGGUACUCGAAUACAAAGAGAGCAUUUCAGCCGGUAGUUCACCCAAGAGGACAGACAGUGAGGAGAUCGACCAUACCCGAGAGAAAUCAAACUUAGUGACUGCAUUGGCCAGACCAACCACCAAGAACACAAAAAGUUCCAUAAAUCCUCCACUUCUUAAUCCUGUGAACGUGGUUGUCGGGAUUUCCCUGUCAAUCGCCAUCACUGCUAUUUUCGCUACUAUUUGGCGCCGAGCGUGAUGCUACAUCAUUGACAAGUACCAGAGUAGAAAAGGGUUCUGUAUGUUGUGUUGUAAUUUGUGAUCUAUGGAGCUUGUCUUCCUUUCUGAUGCUAAUGCUUUGUACUGCUUUUUCAUUCUAAAGGAAUUGGAAGAUCUAACUCGAUGUGCGACUGCUCUGAAACUUACUCUUUUCGUUCCCUGCUGUAUAUAAUGGAAGAAUCAACAAGUUGCCACAGUGAUGUCCCCCCGUAAAAGUCAACUUGCGAGUCCAUCAGUCCAU